AUGACGUCUCCGUCUAAGCAGCCAGCUUACUCCAUCCUGGAUAAGCCUCUUGGAGCAGCCCGGCAUGUUCGCAUCAUAGGCAUUGGGGCCGGAGCUAGUGGUAUCAAUCUUCUUCGGACCCUGCGCCUCAACCUCACCAACUACGAUGUCGUAGUUUACGAGAAGAACACUGACGUGGGCGGCACAUGGCUGGAAAACCGCUACCCAGGUUGUCGUUGCGACGUUCCCAGCCACAGCUAUCAGUUCUCAUGGCGUCCAAAGAAGGACUGGAAGAACUUCUUCGCGGCCUCCGAGGAAAUUUGUGAUUAUCUGCGCCAGGUUUGUGAAGAAGAAGGGUUGAGGAAAUACAUCAAGACAUCGCAUCAGGUGAUUUCGGCCCGUUGGAUCGAGGAGGAAGCAAGAUGGGAAAUCAAGGUCCGCAAUCUCUUGACAAACACCGAGUUUAAGGAUUAUGCGCACUUCUUAGUGGACGGAACAGGAAUCCUUAAUAACUGGAAAUGGCCCGAUGUGGAGGAUCGCAAAAACUUUAAGGGCAUUCUAAUACACACCGCCCGUUGGCCAAAGAAUUUUGAUCACAAAGGUAAAACCAUUGCUGUCAUAGAAGCCAAAAAACUAUACCACGUCUUCCGCACCCCUACGUGGGUGCUGCCACCUAGGAUACAGAUCUGGAAAAUAAUGGGUCAAGCUAAGGAGCUGCUCGGCCAGAUUGAGCUGGACGAGCAGGAGAAUUUCUCCAAAGAGACCAUUCAGAAGUUUGAGUCCGACGAAAAAUUUUACCGCGAUUUCGUUAAAAAAAUAGAAGUUGACGCAAACAACACUUUCCCAGUGGUUCUCCUAAACCAUCGUCUUCACCAAGAGGCGCAAAUAAAAGCCGCAGAAUACAUGAAAAAGAUGUUGGGGGAAAAUGAGAAGCUUUGCAAGCUUCUCAUCCCUGACUUUCCCCUGGGCUGCCGGCGCAUGACCCCCGGCCACAGCUACUUGCGAGCUCUGACCCAGCCCAAUGUCCAAAUCAGGAGGUCCGAGAUCAAGCGCUUUGUAGAAGAUGGCAUCGAGCUCUCUUCUGGAGAAGUGCUCAAGGUAGAUGUCAUCGUUUGUGCUACCGGCUUCGACACAUCUUUUUGUCCGCGGUUCCCUAUCAUCGGCAGGAAUGGGGUAAAUCUCCAAGAUAGGUGGAAGAAGGAGACCCCUAAGGCAUACAUGUCCUGUGCAGUGGAUGGUGUGCCUAACUAUUUUGUGUUCCUGGGCCCCAACGCUCCUAUCGGUCAUGGUAGCGUUUUCACUUUGAGCGAACACAUAUCUCGUUACAUCGCACGAGUUAUCCAAAAGUGUCAGACCGAGUGCAUCAAAGCGAUUUCCCCCUCUCCUGCUGCCGUUCGAGACUACUUCGAACACGUUACUGCAUUCAUGCCACGAACGGCAUGGGGGAUGCCCAAUGGCCCACGGUCGUGGUUCAAGGCGGGCAAGGGUGGAAAUGAGCCUGUCACAGCGCUUCACCCUGGAAGCAGAAUACAUUUUUUCCACAUGCUGGAGAGGUUCAGGGGCGAAGAUUGGGAGUAUGUGUAUAGCGACGAGAGCGUGGGAAACCGUUUUGCAUACCUGGGGAACGGUUUCUCGAUCAGGGAGUCUCCCGGUGGAAAUCUGGCUUGGUAUCUCGAGACGGAGAAGACCGUGCUAUGA